UUGUUACAACUUCUCUUUUCAUUUAUCGUCGAUGAAGUUCGAUCGAAGGACGCCCAGGUUUCCAAACAGGAUUGUUCCACAACGAAGAACUCAGUGCCAAAGAUUUCCAGUGAGAAGUUGACCGAUCCAGCCUUUCUUCGAAGUAAUCGCGGAUUAUUUUUGCACGUGGUGAACACUCCAGCCGUAAGAACAACAGAUACAGAGAGAGGUACAGAGGAGGGUGGAGCGAAUUACACUAUAAAAGAUGCGCAACCCACACCAAAUGAAGAUACAAGGAAUUUUGAAAAAACAACUGGAGUGGCUAAAAGUAACGAAGAGUCGCAAACUUCAGAAGCUUCCUACACAGGUGGAGAAUUGAGUGAUGGCGAAGAAGUGACAGGAGUUAACUGCAAACAAUUCAGAAACAGGACGUCCGUAAAUGGUCAUCUGAACCUGCAUGAAUGGCGAGGAUGGUGUGGAUUCGCUGUUGAUGAUCUUAGAAGAGAACCACUAUUUCCCUUUAAACCACAAGUAUGUUGA